AUGUUGACAAGAGCUCUUACCAAAAGAUUCAUAAGAAGCAAUAGCACCCUCGCCAGAGGCGUAUGGGCUGAUUUUUCGAAGAGACCAGAAUCUUUAAAGAUCAAGAAUGAUGCUCUUAAACAAGGUGUUCUUGGUAAGCACCUCGAUGGACCAGCUUCAUACACUAACCGUGAUCGAAGAGCAUACUAUAAGACUCCUCUUGAACUUGAUGAAACAUUUGUCAUGUCCUAUGAAAUAUUGAACGAAGAGGCUGCCAAUGUCUACAAAAAAGUUGAAGAAUUAGAAAAGGAAUUAGCUUCAACUACUGAUGAAGCACAAAUCAAAGAAAUAAAGGAUCAAAUAGAUAAUACCUUAAUUGAAGCAGAAAUUCAAAACCCAGAAGUGUUAUUUAAUGUUGAAUAUUCCGAUAGUGACGCUCUUGAUAGAUCUCACCCUGUAUACAGACAGUUUUUGGAACAAAAAUGGAGAGAUUACGAUUUGAUGCUUACCAUGCAAAGAUUGGAACAAUUACAUGUUAUUCCAGAUACAUUACCUACGGUUGAUCCAAAGGUUGAUGUUAAAGUCAAAUUCACACAUAAUACUGAUGAAAGAUUUGUUGGUUGGAUCGCCCCAGGUGAACUCUUACCUGCUAAAGCAGUUUCACAACCUCCAACCAUCAGAAUCCAAGAAUAUGAAAGAGUUGACGGACAAAACUUAUAUACUGUCUUGAUAGUAAACCCUGAUACUCCAGAUUUGGAAAAAAAUUCCUUUUCAACCACCCUUCACUAUGGAUUAGUUAAUUAUCCAUUAGAUAAUGUCAAUAAUACUAUUCAUCCAGCUAAAGUAUUGGAAAAUGAAGAACAACAUGUUAUUAAAGAUUAUGUUCCAUUAGUACCUGAAAAGAAUGCUGAAAAGCAAAGAGCAUGUCUUUGGGUAUUUAGACAAUCUAAACAAUUGGAAGUCAAUGCUGUUGCAGCUGAAAAGUUCGAUAUCAGAAGUUUUGUUCAAGCUAAUGAUUUAUUACCUGUUGGUGGUUAUGUAUGGAGACAAAAGUUUGAUAGAAGUGUUAAUGAAGUUAGAGAUGCAUAUGGUUUAGGAAGAGGUAGAGUUUUCCAUAGAGUCAGAGGAAGAGAUCCACUUGUUGAAUAG